UCCGUUGCUGUAGCCGUUGCUGUAGCAAAGUUUUCUCCGGAACGGGGCAGUGGCUACACGAUCAGCCACCGCCACACAACGGUGGCCUGUGGGCUCAUCUGGCUGUGGUACUCAUCCUUUAUCCAAUCUGAGCCAGGCCUCCGGUCCUACAUAUCAACAGAGAGCUCCCUCAUCACCACCACAAUUGCUCCCCAAAAUCUAGGGUUCCUCAUCCCUCAUACUCCCAUCUUCCUUCCAGGUUCAGAAGCCGAGAUUUCCGCAUAUUGAUACUGCUUCCGCUAUGGCUGCUGUUGUGUUGGAAUCGCUCUCAGUUCCACGCGCUCGUCCUGGCGCUGUGGUAGCGUCUACUUCCCGCGCGGUGGCUACUUCUGUUCCAGGAUGCCUCACGCAUGGUCUCAUUUCGGAGUUCAAGGGUCUGAGAGUGGCAUGCCGUUCUUCGAGGGUCUCGUUUGUGGUGCAACUGACGAGUGGUAGGGUUUCUCGCCGUAGAGCUGUGGUUUGCGAGGCUCAGAACACGGCUUUGGACGUGCCUGAUGUGACCAAAGAAACCUGGAAAUCACUGAUCUUGGAGUCUGAUAAACCUGUGAUGGUCGAGUUCUGGGCUCCGUGGUGCGGCCCCUGUCGCAUGAUUCUUCCGGUCAUCGCCAAACUAUCAAAGACAUAUGAAGGCAAAAUGAAGUGCUUUAAGCUUAAUACAGAUCAAAGCCCGGAAAUCGCCACCCAAUACGGCAUUCGAAGCAUCCCAACGAUCAUCAUAUUUAAGAACGGGGAGAAGAAAGAUGCUGUCAUUGGGGCUGUUCCAGAGAGCGCAUUGAUUACCUCCAUAGAGAAGUUUGUAUAGAGGUGAGCAAUUCCAAUCCUUCCAUUAUUAGCAGCUCUAUUUUUCAUUACCUAACGCCUCAUGAUGAUGCAAAUAUGUUUAUACUAUUUUUUCCUGUGGAUUUUUCUUCUGUCUUUUGUUAUAUAUGAGUAGGUUGUAGAUGCUCUUCUUUGCAGCAUGCUGCAAUCCUGUUAUUUUCCGGAAAAUCUCCACUAUCAAUCACCUAAGAUUAUUAAACUUUUGUUUUCA